AUGGCGCGUACAUUCCCCAACCUCAGCAUCGAGUCACCGCCCUCGGCUCCAGGCGUGCACGUCAUCACCAUGCAGAAACCGCCCGAGAACCGGCUGAACCAGGCGUACGCGCAGACCAUCAUCGACGCGCUGCGCUACAUUGAGAGGGAGCUGAUGAAGCCCGACUCGCCGGGCGCCGUCGUCAUCUCGUCCUUCUCGGACAAGUUCUGGUGCACGGGCCUGGAGCUGGACGAGUCCGACACCAACAUCUACGCCAACGCCGACGGCUUCUACCCUCUGCUGGCCACCCUGGUGGACUACCCGUACCCGACCGUCGCCUUGAUCACGGGCCACACCUUUGGCGGUGCGUGCCCGUUCAUGCUGUCGUGCGACUACCGCAUCAUGAACAGCAAGCGCGGCUUCAUCAGCAUGCCGCCCGUCAACCUGGGCCUGCACUUUGACGGCAUCGGCGCCCUGCCGCGGCUCAAGCUCGGUCCCAGGAUCGCCCGGAAGAUGCUGCUCGAGGCCCACAAGUGGACCGGCGAGGGGGCGCUCAAGGACGGCAUCGUCGACGAGAUCUGCGAGCCGGACAAGAUGAGGGAGAGGGCCGUCGAGUUUGCAAAGACCAUCGCCCCCAGGGCCACCAUGGGCGUCUACGGCCUGCUGAGGGCUGAACUGUGGGGCGAGGCGCUGGACAAGUUCAAGUCCAUUAGCUACGUGCACAGGAAGAGAAUCGGCACCGCCGCGAAGGCCAAGAUCUAG